AUGGUGUGGUGUUUAGUUAAGGAUCACAUUUGCUGGUGGUUGGCGGCGAUAGUAGUGGCGCAGUGUAUCCUAGUGCCAUGUGAGGCGAAGAAGUGUGGUGUCAUAUGCCGUGUGCGCGAUCCACUAACGAUCGGUAAUAGUUACAUGUUGAAGGAGUGUUUGUACGAGAUACAUCCGGUCGAGAGCACACAGAACACAGAUGGAAGCGGAUUUAACAUGCGUACUAGCGACCGCCGCAAUCGAUUGUUCUCACUGUAUGGUGGUUCGACCUGCGAGUACUUCGGUAACAUGAUCCAGACGGCCAAGGGACGAGACACACUGGUCGAGACGAUUCGUCGACAGUUGCAGAAGAGUGAAUUCAAGGGAUUGGAUCUACAGUGUGAUCCGGUUCAGGCUCGCGUCACGCAGCAAACGUACGCCGAGUUCUUAGAGCAGCUGCGCAGCUUCCUGGGCAACACCUACGUGAUCAUGGUGACUAUGAGCAGCUGUCAGCCGGAACCAAGGCUCGUCGAAUCGUUCAACCGAAUGGUCGAUUACGUGACGAUCAAUCAUGCCGAACAGCCUUCGAUGCUCACGAAUGCACUGAUGUACGGUUUGGCCAGGCAUCGUAUACUACUGGCGACUCCCUAUCCUUCUACAAUCAGCUGUCCGCUGAACAACGACUACUCGCUAAACGAGAUGCUGAACCAAAUCGAACAUCACAACCUGUUCGGAGCGAUCGUGGAACUUGAUCGCGACGAUGUGAACAAUGUUUGCGGCGAGGGCCCAUUCCCACUGUUCCGCAAGGUACUGGAUCGUCUAUGCUCGAAUGCUGAGUGUAACUUUAGUGGAUUCGUACGUGAUACACGCGACUGCGGCCAAUACUACAGCUGCGACAACGGAUUCAAAACAACACAUCAUUGCCCAGUCGGACAAUCGUUCGAUCUCUGCCAAAGUACAUGUCAACCAAUCCUGCAAGUGCAAUGUAACGAAACGACGUGUGUAGUUAGUGGAAAUUUACCCAACGGUUUGACACCCAUAAGGUACCCAAUUCCAUUCCCAAAGCCCAAUCCAAGCUGCCCGGGAGGCGGCGGUAAUAAUGGUGGAGGUAACAAUGGAGGCGGUAACAAUGGUGGUGGCAACAACGGCGGAGGCAAUAAUCAAACUUCCAACUGCUGCUGCGAUGUGCUGAGGAACCUGACAACCUUCCUGAACAAUACGGCCCAACUGUCGCAAUUCGUUGCAUUAGUCAAGGACCUUGGUGUGGAUGAUCUGGUCGGUACGCUCCGUCCGUCCCUACAGGGUCUCGUAGAUUUAAUUGGAAAUAUUGUCGACCCUGUAAACCGGUUGAUUGCUACUUUGCUGAACGGAGAGAAAUUGAUGACUGACACCAUGAACGGAAUGUCCGGUAUGGCCGGGCAAGGCGAUUUAAUACAAACUUUGCUUUCAGUCGUUACAUCACUUCUACAAAAUCUUUUGGGCGGUGUACCGCUAGCUGGAGCCACCGACGGUAUUCCCUUGUUGGGUGGAUUGGGAGCAUUGGCUGGAUAG